CGGGAGCUAUGGUGCUGAGGGAAGAGGCCUGAAGAGGGGGAUGGCCUUCGGGAAGAGGAGCCGCUUGUGUUUUUGCAGGCUAGGAACCCUGCUGGCAGAUGCGGGUAGCCAGGACCACAGAUGGGGCCUGAAGGGCAAGGGCUCCCGCUUACCUGGUGAAGGGUCGGCGAGGUCCGGAGGCGGACAGCGGGGUCGGGCGGAGGUCAUAGGAGAGGCCGAGUCUCCCCGGACAGUGGAAGAGUGUCCGAGCGGAAAGAAAACUGGAGGACGGCGGGAAGGGCGACCCUGGAGAUCUGAUGAAGCUGGAGGAUUUCUGGUAGGUCCUCUUUUAGGAUAAGAUGCUGUAACUGUUGAAACACCAUUCUGCACUGAUUCACAGACAGUUGGCUUUUCAGCUGGGAAGCCUUUUUCUCCCCACCUUGCUGGUUUACUGAACUGAUGAAACCAUGGCAGAAGGAGAGACAGAAUCACCUGGGCCCAAAAAGCGCGGCCCCUACAUUUCAUCUGUCACUAGCAGGAGUGUGAACUUGAUGAUUCGUGGAGUGGUACUAUUUUUUAUUGGAGUAUUUCUUGCCCUAGUGUUAAAUUUACUUCAGAUUCAGAGAAAUGUGACGCUCUUUCCACCUGACGUGAUCGCCAGCAUCUUUUCUUCAGCGUGGUGGGUACCGCCGUGCUGUGGCACAGCCUCAGCUGUGAUUGGGUUAUUAUACCCCUGCAUUGACAGACAUCUAGGAGAACCACAUAAAUUUAAAAGAGAGUGGUCCAGUGUGAUGCGGUGCGUAGCCGUCUUUGUUGGUAUAAAUCAUGCCAGCGCUAAAGUGGAUUUUGAUAACAACAUACAGUUGUCUCUCACACUGGCUGCACUCUCCAUUGGACUAUGGUGGACGUUUGAUAGAUCUAGAAGUGGUUUUGGCCUUGGAGUAGGAAUUGCUUUCUUGGCAACCUUGGUCACUCAACUGCUAGUCUAUAAUGGUGUUUAUCAAUAUACAUCUCCAGAUUUUCUCUAUGUUCGUUCUUGGUUACCAUGUAUAUUUUUUGCUGGAGGCAUAACAAUGGGAAACAUUGGUCGACAACUGGCAAUGUAUGAAUGUAAAGUUAUCGCAGAAAAAUCUCAUCAGGAAUGAAGAAGGCAAAAAUAUCUUCUAUACAGAAAAACAGGAUGAAAAGGGCACGUAAAUGAUCGCUAUGUAUCAACAAAGCUUCGGACUGUAAAAUUGCCAGGAUGCAGUUUUUCCCUUGAUUGGUGUAUAUAUUUGUGUGUAUGUAUAUACAUAUAUACAUAUCUACACACACACAUACACACACUUCCACACAUAUACAUGCACAUACGCAUGUAUUACUGCAAUCUGUGAUUGCUUCAUCUGUAAAUCAGUUACAAACCUUGAUGUAUUUGACUUAAAUAACUAUAAAAUAUAUGCACUACGUUAAACAGCGUGUUCAUUAAUAGAUGAAAUUUUUUAAUUAAUUUUUUAAACAUACCAUAUAUUGUAUCACAAUGUUGAUGUGCCAAAAUAUUCUGUUAUUGUCAUGCAGAGUAUAAGAAUGCUUGAACAGUUUAUAAACUUAGUGAAAUAAAAUAAGAGGAAAGCCAAAAAAAGAGAAAGAAAAAGAAAAAUGGAAAGCUGGUAUAUUCUCUUCUGCUUAUGUUGUGCCUUUUCAUUUUUCUAAUCGCAGCAGUAUGAGUUAUGGGUGCCCUGACGAAUGGUUAGUUUCUAUUUUAAUGUUGUCUCAGAGAGCUUGGGUGUUUUAAUUGGUAAUGAAAAUGAACUUCCAUAGAACAUUUUAAAACCUGCAUUACUGGAGAGCAUCCAAAAAGGAAUUCUGCUGGAGGUAAAAGUGAUGAGCAGGAGAGGGUUAUCAGCAUUAAAUUGUUUUAAGUCUAAGUCUGCAAGGCUAUAUGUAAUUAAAAGAAGGCACCAUUGGGAAAUUUAGCUAGAAUAAAUAUGUUAUAGAAAUACCAAAAUGACCUUUUGCAGUGCCACAAAGUGUGAAAUGAUGUUGUCUUUUGCAGUACAGUAACUCACUGCUUUUGCACAUGGAACACCUAAGAAACCCUAAACAGAUCAAAAUGAAGUUUCUAAUUCUCUUGGGUUCUGUAAUCUGUUGGGUUCUGUGAAGCAAACCACAUUAGCCUGUCUGGGUCACAUGACUGACGGUCAGUGGAAUGCCAUCUGUGGAAUGGAUGAGCAUAUCACUUUUUUUAUAUUCAUAUGUCCAUGAGUGAACAGUUCAAGCCUGUUCCAGAAUGUCCUGAGAUGGCAUAUACCAUGCAUGUU